CUGAAUCACAAAGCUUACAGAGAUGCAUUCAAGAAAAUGAAAUCUCCAAAAAUCCCCUUCAUGCCCUUACUUCUGAAAGAUGUAACAUUCAUCCACGAAGGAAAUAAAACCUUUCUGGAUAACCUUGUUAAUUUUGAAAAGCUGCACAUGAUUGCAGAUACUGUUCGGUCGUUAAGACAUUGCAGAAAUAACCAGUUUGGCAAUGAAGUUCCUUCGAAAGAGCAUCAUGAGCUGAAGCCAUAUGUCCAUCACCUGCACGUCAUUGACAACCAGCAAGCUCUGUUUGAGCUUUCUCACAGGAUAGAGCCGCGAGUGUGAGCAUACACAGCUUCAUAUAAGCUUGUAACUGCAGCACUUUGAAUUAAGUGAAUGUUUAUGCCAAGCAUGUUGCUUCCCUGUAUAAGAACAGUUUACUGAGUUUUAUCAGUAGCUCACACAACAUGCGCAGGAAAAUCAGGCAAGGGCCAGCAAAGGAGCUGCUCACAGAGUCGCAGGGCAAGCUUGGUGCCAUCCCCGCUGGUCACCGGGACGGGAGGGAGUGGAGCAGCAGCAUCCUUUGAGCUCAGGAGCUUGGUUUCUGUGAAAGUAUUGUUUGGUCCAGUGUAGCUUUCAAUGCAGAUUCUGCCAGUAUUAGAAUGAAAGGAAAUAUCGUGUCACAGCAGCAAAACAUUUCAGCAAGCGACAUGCCGCAAGGGGAUUGAUUCUCAGUUUGCCACAGUAUGUACCACACUAAUUCAAGGCUGCCAAAGUAUUGUUGCCAAAAAUAGUGUGUAAUCCCUGCAGCUCCCCUGAGUCCACUGGAGCAUCUUAUUUGAGAUAAGUGCGGACAACCGAGAAUGGGAAUAUAAAAAGCGCACCAGAUGAAACUCGAGAGUGCGUCGUGAUGUGGAGGUCAGCAGUAAACAGUUCACACUGUUAUGGCCCCUAAAUCUGCUUUCUAAAACACACUGUAAGAGCCAAUCCACUUUGGUUGCAGUUUAUGGACACAACUGUUUGUACACUGAAAAUGUGUUAUUUUCUUCCUUUUCAGUUAUCUCAGAUACAGUACCAGCUCCUGCAGUUAACGUGUUGUAAAUAAUUAUAGCAGGAGCUUUGUUUUCUGCUUGGAUUACAGCCUCCUUGGUGUCUAUUCAGAGGCAAUGCCUAGAUACACCUACAUUCCUGACUCACCUCCUGGAAAUACUCUUUCAGCAGGUAAAAUUUCACCUAACUUGCACACGCUCCCAGUUUUUAAAGAACAAAAGGGUACACCUUACAGGGUACCAGUGUAAUUACCUGCAUACACACCGGGCUCUCAGCAUCAGGGUCCCUUUACUGCUUCUGUUCCUCUCACACCCCUCCCCUAGCCAAUUUUCAUGUAGCUAAAAGUACUACUUCUGGGCAUGUACUGAGGCAGCAUUUCUAAAGUCUUGUCUACAGUUGACCUACAUCUAAGCACCAUCCUCACCGUAGCUCUGUUUUUCAGUGCUAAGAAGUUGCCCUGAAAUAAUCUAGUGAAUGCCACAGGCAAUGUGCAGCGUGCCACGCAGUCUGGCACGUGUUUGUACACUGACUCACAGUUCCAGUCCCUUUGCAGAGCAGGGAGGAUACAUUGCAUUGCUUGCCCAUCUCUAUUGUAUGUUUUCCACGUGAGGAAGACUUCCAAGAAAAUGCUCCUUUACUGAAAUAUGGGAAUACUGAAGUAGCAUGCUUUUCAUCAUUGUGUUAUCUCUGGUUUAAAGGGAUUUAAAAAAAAAAACAGCUUUAACAAGUAGUCUGUGGGAGAAUCUGUAGAAUGCAUUCGGUUUUCCCAUCUGUGAAAUAUUGUAUAGAUCUAUUGUAAAGGAAACAGAUGUUUCAGAAAUGUAUUUGCUUGUACUUUGUUAUUAUCAAAUACUAUAUGAUUUUUUUUUUUUUUAGAAAAAAAUAUCUUCUUUUUACCCAGUAAAAAGAAAAAAAAAAUAAACUCUUGCUGGCCAUGGAGUAAAAAUUUCCUAUGUUCUUCUGUAGAUGUGACUGCACAUAUUGUAAAUAACUCUUUUGUGCAAACAGACCAAAACUGUUCAGAUGAGGCUACUACCUGCGGUGGACUCCUUCAUGCAGUGUAAGGACACAAACCAGACACAAUUUGCUGCUUGUGUUACUGCAGUUCUUCCUCUGGUUGCAGCACUCCCCGAAUCCCCACCCUAGACACAUUACCUGGGUGCUUUGCUGGUUUUUGAGCUCCCCCUUGUGAAAUCUUUUUUCCUGUGGCAUUAUUUUUAGGAGCCUGUGUGUAGACCAGCCUGCCUGCUUUAGCUCAUGUGGUGCAAUGCUCUACUCCACAAGUUGUCCUCUUGAGAUCUGUGGGAGAGG